AUGAUAAGUAAAUACAAAGAAAGACAAGCGGCGAAAGAAGUCGUUUUCCAAGAAAAACAACAAUGCUUAAAUGCGAUGUCGGAUUUUUUAGAUAAUCUGGAAGAUAAUCAAGGACUCGACGAAAUAAAAUCCGCUGUUGAAACAUUAAGGAAUUUGGAGAAGAAAUCUAUAAUAGAAAGUCAGCACAAGUUCUUGGAAGAAAUAUCUUCUCUAACUGAAGUUGGUAUCACAACACUAAAGAAAAUUAAAAAGGAAGGAUCUGUGAAUGAAGGAAUGUGGAACACUCCAGGAAAAAAGCGCCCUCACAAAAGUACAGUGUCAGAUUUAGACAGUUUCGAUAUUGACGCUAUAAGAAAUAAAAUAAAUGAAUUUUAUGUUGUAAGAAAGGAAGUCCCGACACUGCGGGCAUUGUUGGAAGAAUUACGUUCUAGCAUUGGCUUUAGUGGAUGCAGAGAAACUCUACGUAAAAUAUUAAUAGACAAUGGAUAUGAGUUCAAGAAAAAUAAAAAUGAACGAGCAGUUCUCGUUGAACGUUAUGAUAUUGCCGCGUGGAGACAUCGGUAUCUACGAGAAAUUAGUGCUAAACGAAUGGAGGGAAAACCCAUCAUCUAUUUAGAUGAGACAUAUAUUCACAAGAAUUACAAGCCUAAAAUGUCAUGGCAAGGUCCAUCAACAAGUGGUGCCCCGCAACCAAGCCCACUGGAACAUAUCUCUCCUGGCAAAAGAUAUAUUAUAGUACAUGCUGGCUCUGAAGCAGGAUUUGUACCAAAUGCACUGUUAGUUUUUAGUACAAAAUCAAGGUUAGCGGAUUAUCAUCAUGAUAUGAAUGCUGAAAACUUCAAUAAAUGGCUAAAAGAAAAAUUAAUACCGAAUCUGCACGAGCCCAGUGUCAUUGUCAUGGAUAAUGCGAGCUACCAUACAGUACAACAGAAUAAAUUGCCUACAACUCAAACAAGAAAAGCAGAAAUACAAGAGUGGCUCAAUUCCAACGGAAUUAUUUAUGAAGAUUGCCUAUCAAAAGCUGAAUUGCUAUGUUUAGUACAAAAACACAAACCUGAUCCUCUGUACGUAGCUGAUGAGCUUUUGAAACAACACGGCCAUGAGGUAUUAAGGCUUCCACCAUACCACUGCGAUCUCAACCCGAUCGAGCUGAUAUGGAGCUCGGCUAAGCGUAUGGUGGCAAAAAAGAAUAUUAAUCUACCAGCAAAAGAAACUGAAGUACUAAUUAAAACCUCAUUUGGUCGGAUAACUUCAGAAGACUGGAAAAAAAUGACGGACCAUGUAAUACACGUAGAAAAUAAUUAUAAACAGAGGGAUAAAAUAACUGAAGAAGAAUUGGAAAAAUUUAUAAUUAAUGUAGGAGAUGAUGACUCCACUAAUACCUCAGAUGAAUCCUUGGAGGUUGAAUUUUUAGACUCUGAUUUUGAGUGGGAUGAAUAA